AUGCCCAUCCACACAUCGACAACUGAGGUUGCGCGGGCGAUAGACAGAUCUCUCAAUGCAGAGCUGUUUCCACCCGCAGAAACGGCAGACGAAGAGAAGUUCUUUCUCACGAACCCUCGACCAGAGUAUCUCGACGACCUCACUCAGCAGGCGCGCGAUUUCAUUGAGCUGCAGUACUCUCUGGGGCGCUCGCGCAUUGUACUUGUAACCUCAGGCGGCACCACCGUGCCCUUGGAGAACAACACGGUGCGCUUCAUCGACAAUUUUUCUGCGGGUACCAGGGGUGCGUCCAGCGCUGAGCAGUUCCUGCGCCAGGGAUACGCGGUGAUCUUCCUUCACCGGGAGUUUUCACUGACGCCGUUCAACCGCAACUUCACACACAAUAGCGAUGUUUGCUUUCUGGAUUACUUCGAUAAUAGUGGUGCUGUAAAACCGCAGUUCAGACAGGAUUUACUCUCGGCGAAGUCGCUUUUUGAACGCUAUAUGCACGAGGAAAGGCGGCUGCUACUACUGCCGUUUACCACCGUCAAUCAGUACUUGUGGUCACUAAAAUCCGUUGCUAAGCUGCUAGAUCGCAAAGGCAGUCUUUUCUACCUGGCAGCUGCUGUAAGCGACUUUUUCGUCCCACACUCAAGGCUCCCCGAACACAAGAUCCAGUCACAAGAAGUGAGCCAGCCAUCCACUCUCCCCAACUCUACGGCUCACACUUCCGUAGAUGGAAAGCUUAUCGUUGACCUAGAUCCAGUGCCAAAAUUUUUGCGGAGACUGGUAGUAUCCUGGGCAGCUCAGGCUAUGAUCGUAUCUUUCAAGCUCGAGACGGACGAAAGCAUCCUUAUCAAAAAAGCGACACAAGCUCUCGACCGCUACAAUCAUCAACUGGUGAUUGGAAAUCUUUUGCAAACCAGAAACAAGGAGGUAGUGUUUGUUUCAGAACAAAAUCGGAAAGGUGAUUGGAUUAGGGUACCGGACGACAAGCAGGCAAUUGAGGAACUCAUCAUACCGCAAGUCAUUAGCCAUCACGAUAAGUGGAUUAGGGACCAGACGCAGUAG